GGUUGGCACUAUUGUAAUACUGGGUUUUAGAUAUUACUUUACAGGAUUUUAGUUAUUGUAUAAAAUGGCAGGAGAAUCGGCAGUUAAAGUUUGUGUGAGGGUUCGUCCGCUAAUUCAGAGGGAAGAAGCUGAGGUGUCAAAUGUAGAGUCUGUGCCAAUAUAUUGGAAAACCGAUCAACAGACUGUUUACCAGGUUGAUGGCCCGAAAACGUUCAGCUUUGACAGAGUCUUUAAUGUCAACGAAUCAACGUCUCAGGUUUACGAUGAAGUUGCCAAGCCUCUCGUCAUUUCUGCUAUCAAAGGCUACAAUGGCACUAUCUUUGCAUAUGGGCAAACCUCUUCAGGAAAGACUUUCACAAUGAUGGGCAGUAAUGAGUCUCUGGGAGUAAUACCUCUGGCAAUCCAUGACAUAUUUGAAACCAUUGCACAGUCUCAAAACAUGGAGUUUCUGCUGCGUGUGUCCUACAUGGAAAUCUACAACGAGACAGUUACAGACCUGCUGGUUGACAGUACCAAGAGGAAACCUCUGGAAAUCCGAGAAGGGAUCAAUAGAACUGUUUAUGUAGCAGAUCUUACCGAAGAAGUUGUCGUAUCAGCUAGUCAAGUCCUGGAAUGGAUUAAGAAGGGAGAAAAAAAUCGACAUUAUGGGGACACCAAAAUGAAUCAACGAAGUAGCCGGUCCCAUACUAUUUUCAGAAUGAUUUUGGAGAGCCGUGAACGGAGCGAUCCCUCUAGUGGGGAAAUUGCAGAUCAGGCAGUCAUGGUUUCCCAUCUGAAUUUGGUGGACUUGGCAGGCAGUGAAAGAGCCAGCCAGACAGGGGCUGAAGGCUUGCGAUUGAAAGAAGGGUGCAACAUAAAUCGCAGCUUAUUUACUCUGGGCCAGGUUAUCAAAAAACUGACUGAUGGUAAUGGUGGGGGUUUUACCAAUUACAGGGACAGUAAACUCACCAGGAUUCUGCAGAACUCUCUUGGUGGUAAUGCCAAGACUGUGAUUAUUUGCACCAUUACUCCAGCCACAGUGGAAGAAACCCUCAGCACUCUUCAGUUUGCCAGUACAGCUAAGCACAUGAAAAAUGAUCCACAUGUUAACGAGGUGCUGGAUGAUGGAGCACUGAUGAGGAGAUACAGAAAUGAAAUUGUGGAUCUGAAAAGACGUCUGGAAGAGGUUUCUUCUGAGACACGAAUGCAAGCAACCGAGAAGGAAGUCCUGGCCCAGCUGCUGCAGGAAAAAGACCAGCUUCAGAAGGAGCAGGAGGACAGAAUUAGGAACUUGACAAAGAUCGUCAUUACCUCUUCCAGUUUUGCCAUCAAUGAUGUAAAGAUCCGGAGCAAGAGGAGGAUGACAUGGGGUGGAAAACUGCUGCGAGGAAGGCAGUCCGAAGGCUUUCAUUUCGGAGACAUUGGCUUUCUUGAACACGCCACCAAAAGAAAGAAAUCGGACUUAUCUGCAUUAAUAGAACCAGAUGACACAUUAGACAUUGAGGGAGAGGACGUGUGGCAACAUAACAUUGAAGAUUUCCCCUUUGACGUGGAGAUGAACAUGAGCAACGUGUCUGUGCGCAGGAGCAGGGUUGUACAGUCCACGGUUUCCGAUGUUUCGGCAUCCACUCCAAAUAGUUUGUCUUCUCAGAUCCAGCUGAGCGAAGUGAAGGAAAGGAUCGCGGGUUUGGAGGAGGAGCUGCAGAAGAAGAUCCGGGAGACGUGGGAAGCCGUGGAAAAGCAGAACGCAGCGGAGAAGCGGGUGUCCGAGCUGGAGGAGGCCUUGAAGGCGCAGGACCCCCGGGGUGAAGGGAGCCAUGUGGAGGGCUGCCGCGAGGCUCUUUGUAAAAUGUACGAAAAGGAUUUUAGAGACACUAUUCAGCUCUGUGAGACUCUGGUGGCUGAGAAGGAGGAGCUGAGUGCAAAGCUGAACUUGCUGAAGGAGGAGCUGGACGCUUUGUGGAAGGAAAAGGAAGGGCUGCAGCAGGAGAAAGUGCGCCUUCAGCAGGAGAUCAUUGAGAAGGAAGAGCAGCACGAGUUCAACAUUUUAGAGCAGGAGGUGCACAAGCAGUCUGAGACUGAGUUAGCGAAAGAAAUCACCAGCUUAAAGAUGGAGCUAGAGAAUUCUGGUGUGUGCAUCCAAAAUCUGAAGGCUGAGUUGGAGGCAAAAUCCAAUGAACUGCAAAACAAAGAGGAGUGGAUUGCAGAACUUGAGAAUAUGGGCGGCAAGGACUUAACGGAGCAGAUCCGGAACCUGAAGCACUCUCUCGGCGAUGCGGAGGCAGUGAGCCGCGACACGAAGAAGGAGUGGGCCUUCCUGCGCAGUGAGAACCUGGCGCUGAAGGAGAGGGAGAACGACAUGGCAGCCAGGUAUAAGCAGAUGGAGGUGGAGGUGAACCAGCUGCGCAGCCAACUGGAGUCGGAGAAGAUGCGCUUUAAAAGGAUGGAGACGGACCUGCAGAAAGAGCUCCUGAUGGCUUUUGAAGAAAACGCCAAGCUGAACACCCUUCUGGAUGGGAAAGUCCCCAAAAAUCUCAUUGAGCGUUUAGAUCUGGAGAAAAGCGUUGCAGAGCUCAAGAAAGAGCUGGAAAAAUCCCAGGAAGGGGAGAGAGCCUUGCAAACCGAAGUUAAUUCUCUCUCUGCUCUCAAGAACCUUCCUGACAAGGUGGAUGACUUGAUGAAACAGGUGUGUGACGUCUCUAAUGAGUUAUGUGUCACCCGGGUGGAACGGGACGACCUGCUCUCUGCAAAAGUGGAAAGAGAUGAGGAAAUCCAGAGGCUGACAGAAGCUGUGCAGCAAGUAACCGAAGACCUGAGGGAAACGCAAACAAAGCUAAGUGAGGCAGACCAGAAGAUGGCAAAUCUGUCCGAACAGCACAGCGCAGUGCAGGCACAGUAUGUGGAGGUUGCUGAAGACUGUGAGAAGCUCAAAACUGAAUUGGAGAGCUCGUCUAUAGAAAAACAGCAAUGUCUAAAUGGAAUGGAAGACCUGAAACUGCAGGUUUUAAAUGUAUCGGAAGAGCUGCAGUUGGUGAGCAGCGAGCGGGAUUCUCUCCUGUUUGAGAAGGGAGACUCGACUCAGAGAACUGAGGCUGACCUGCAGGAGCUGAGGACCCACGUCGCCUCCCUCACUCAGGAGAGAGAGCAGCUGCAGGAAAUCCUGGAGUCGGUCCGGGCGGAGAAGAGCCAGCUGAAGGCCGACCUGGAGGAGAAGAUGGUGGAGACCCAGGAAGAGCUCAGGCAGCAGCAGCAGCUCAUCUCUGACCUGAAGACCCAGAGGGAGGAGAGAGAAACUCAACUGGAGCAGCAGGUGAAUGAGUUGAGUGAGCAGCUGAAGUUGGUGAGCAGUGAGAGCGAGACACUCCUGUCUGAGAGGAGGGAUUCGACUCGGAGAACUGAGGCAGAACUGGAGGAGCUGAGGACCCACAUCACCUCCCUCACUCAGGAGAGAGAGCAGCUGCAGGAAACCCUGGAGUCAGUCCGGGCUGAGAAGAGCCAGCUGCAGGCCGAGCUGGAGGAGAAGAUACAUAAAUUGAAUGAGGAACUGAAGUUGAUGAGCAGUCAGCAUGACACUCUCCUGUCCGAGAGCAGAAACUCAACUCGGAGAACCGGGGCUGAACUGGAGGAGCUGAGGACCCACAUCACCUCCCUCACUCAGGAGAGAGAGCAGCUGCAGGAAACCCUGGAGUCAGUCCGGGCGGAGAAGAGCCAGCUGCAGGCCGACCUGGAGGAGAAUAUAUCGGUGGCUGUAGAGACUCAAGCUGAACUUUGCCGUGCUCAGGAUGAGCUGAGAACUCAGCAGGAGCUGAUCUCUGACCUCAAGACUCAGAGAACUAAGAGAGAAACUCAACUGGACCUCAAGGUGAAUGAGUUGAGUGAGCAGCUGCAGUUGGUGAACAGCGAGCGAGAUUCUCUCCUGUUGGAGAAGAGAGAUUCGACUCAGAGAACCGAGUCUGACUUGCAGGAGCUGAGGACCCACAUCGACUCCCUCACGCAGGAGAGAGAGCAGCUGCAGGAAACCCUGGAGUCAGUCCGGGCUGAGAAGAGCCAGCUCAACUCACUGGAAGAUGCUGUAUCCAAAUUGCAGAUAGAAUUACACCAAGUCCAGGAUGAGCUGAACAAGAAGGAGCAGGAAGCUGAGGAGCUCAAAGGCCUGGUAGCAGAUAAAGAAGUCCAGUUAAACUCCAUGCAAGAGUCUCUGUCUGCAAAGGUGUCCGUGUUCCAGCAGCUCGUGCAGGGCCAGGAGCGCGCGCUGGAGGAGAGAGACUGCAGCCUGGCAGAGCUGCAGGGCAAGGUGGCGGCUCUGGCUCAGGAGAGGCAGCAGCUGCGGGGGAGCCUGGAGCACCUCAGGGAGCAGCUCGAGAGCCAGACUGAGCAACACCAGGCUCUGAUUGCCGAAUUUGAGCUGCAGUCACAAGCGUCUGUCAGUGAGGACCAGAGGCAGUCUCAGCGCCUUAAGGAAUCAGAAGAACAAUAUCAGGAAUGUCUGAAGAGAUUUCAGCUGCAGAUUGACCAGUUUAAGAGCUGUGCAAAGAACAUCAGUGCUCUGCUAAAUAAGGACACGACCUCUCAGAGCAAGCUGGUGCGUCAGUUUGUCUCCUCCCUGCCUGCAGAGCAGAGCAAAUCCAUGCUAAAGCUAAAUUCCGGCAUCAGUAAAAUAAAUACAGAUCUUGUCCUUCGUCUGAGACAACAAGCGUGUGUGUACUCCAGUAUUGCUGAAAUACACAAAGAUCACUUUGAGGCAGCUCUCCAGCACAGCAUUGCCAGCUUUGAAGAGCGCAAGCUUCAUGACCUGCUGAUCCAGAGGAUACAGAGGGCCUCAGGCAGCAGCUCCGAACACGUCAGCCAGCAAGCACAGAGGGUGUCGGAUCUCCUGGAGGAGAGGCAGAGACGGGUGCAGGAAAUGACUGAGAUUUUGGCAGAGCUGGAAGAUGGGUUAUCUUGUCACGCUACCAGUCGAGCACAAGAGCAUCCGAUCCAGGAGGAAAUCAACAGGACUCUGAAAGCGCUGUGUGCUGCCCCUACAGCUGGGUUUGUAGAGCUGGAACAGGUCCUGCAGAAGGAGAAUACCAGGAUGACUGAGAAACUUCAACAAACAACACGGGUCUUAGAGGGCCUAAAAGCAAAAUACUAUGAUAUUAAGGAGAGAUGCCAAGCCCUCCUUGCUAAGUCAACAGCAGAGCUUAAGGAGCAGAGGGACAGGAGUCAAACUCUGCUGGUGGAAUUGGACGAUGGGUCUCCCAAAAAAGGGUCCGAAGUGCUGCAGGAGAAUCUCCUGCUGCUGGAAAGACUUGAAGGGAGUGAAAAGGAAAUAAAGACAAUGCAGCUGAAAAUAAAGAAGCUGGAGGGAUCCCUGGCUGACGCAGAAGCCAAAGCCGCAGAUCGGAAGAGAGCCGCAGACGGGAUGCAGAUGGAGCUGCAGAAGCUCGUGGCCCAGGUGAAGGAGAGAGACGAGUCCAUCUCGACCUUGAGACGCAGCCUGAGCGAGCUGGAGAAAAGGGCAGAGAAAGGAGCGUCUCCAUAUAUAGAAGAGCUGGAAACCCUGAGGAGUAAACUUGUUAAAAUGGAGAUGGAAAGGACGGGGCUGUUGAAGAAACAAGAGCAAACGGUGGCUGCAAUGACGGCAGCCCUGGAGCACCGAGAUGAGUCUCUCAGGAAGCUCAAGGAAACUCUUCGGAAAUCCCAGCAGGAUCAAGAGGCCUCAUUUGUCGCUGAUGAAAAACCCCAUACCAAGGCUCCAGUCACAUGUGGUGGGGGAAGUGGGAUUGUCCAAAGUACCAUGAUGCUCAUGAUCAAGGCUGAGAAAGCCAAGCUAGAAGCAGAAGUCCACCAGCAGAAAAAGAAAAUUGGCCAAAUGGAAAGUGUGGUGUCCAGUCUGCAGGCUGAGGCGUCCAAAUGGAAGGGAAGGGCAAGGAAACUGAAGGAAACGUCGGGGCUGAAAGGCUCUUUGUCCGAGAUGGAGACGCUCUGUGAUAACCAGCCCAAUGUGUCUCCACGCACGCCUACUAAGAGACGGCAGGUCACCUCUGAGGGCUUCAUCCUGGACUCGCCCAAGAGCAAAUUCUUUGACUCCCGGUCGGGGUCCUUGUCCGUCGCCUGUCCAAAGCAAUUUUUUGACAACUCCACUUUAGGAACAAUCCCAGAUGUGAACCCAACAGCUGAGCCCAACAGUGAGGGAGACUGGUGGUCACUAGCUCCUCAGAAGGAUGGAGCUGAAAACUGCAAAACACAAUAAAAUGCUGAGAAAGAUGUUUAGAUUUCUAAUAAACUUGUACAUUUUACUUUUGCUUAAAUAGAAACAAACCAUCUCUACAACAGAUUUUACAUGUUUGUAUGUGUUAUUUUAUUAAACCUAUAUGUGUUUGUAUUAAACCUUUUG